AUUUUUGUGACAUUUGAUAACUUUUCGUUCUAGCAUUGCAACAUAAAUGUUUCUGAUAUGUUAUUAAUCUAUACCAUCAUUUAACUUAAACUUUUUAUUCAUCAAGCGGCAAUUUUUCUUUGUUCCUUUGUCAACUUGAAUCGUUUAUGUUAUAUUUCCGCCACCGCUUUCGUAGAUUGUUGACAUGAAAGUAGGUCAGUUAAGUGUAUUGGUUGAGUAGACAUGCGAUGACAUCACCGGUACAUGUAUACAUAUCUUGACUAACCUGGGACAUGCUUCUCAUAAUCCUCAUUCCCACUGCAAACAUUAGUGUGACAAGACGUAUCAAAGAUAACAAGUGGUUGUUUAAUUGAAUAAUAAUUGAUUAAAUAAAUAACAAAUUAUGAUGUGGAAUUAUUCAUGUAGGUAUGCAACCCCAACCUCUGUCUAUGGUAAUGGUAAUGGGCUGAGCACGACCAACACGCUGACACCGACCACCCUGAGCAACUUGGAGCAGACUUUCAUUGAGUUGCAGUCAGUUCCCCCGCGGACGAGCCAGCCAAGCUCACUCACACAGAGUGGGUUCGUUCCACCAAUAGUUCAUUCUGCACUGCCUGUAAGGUAUUCACCUUCAGUCCAUGAUGACUACUACAGCGACUCUGGUAGCAGCAACAGCAAUGAUGACUAUCUCCCAUCCCAGCCGAAAAAGAUCAAGAUUGGGGACAAGACGACUACCAUCAUGUCAAAGCAAGAGAUUGAGAAUCCAUUGCGGAAAACUCACAGGCGUCAGAUUAGAGAUGAAGAGAUCUCUGUUGAAGAAGCCGCUCGCCGUAACAUGAGACGGGAACGAAACAAGGUUGCCGCUGCCAAAUGUCGGCAACGUAGAGUGGACCACACAAACAUACUGCUGAAUGAGACUGAAAAGCUUGAGCAGGAUCAGCAGCAGAUUGAGGCAGAGAUCCAGUCUCUCCAGCAACAGAAAGAACAGCUUGAGUUCAUUCUGCAAGCCCACUCUCCGAUCUGCAAGGUCAAUGGGGCUGCACUCAAGAUCAAGAAGGAGGUUCAAAUGUCUGAGGUGCCGGAAAACCUCACUGUUUCUAAAAAGAUCCCUGCCACGUCCGCUCCAACACUGUCUUCCCGGCCUUCCACUCUGCCACUGAUAAAUCGAAACCUUAAAUCAGAGUUUGGUUCAGCCGGUAUGAGCAUAACAACCCCAUCCAGUGGGUUCUACAGCAUGUCCCUGGAUACUAUGGUUGACCACACCGGACUGACUCCACUGACUGGCAACAUGGGGCACACCGGCCUCACCCCCCUCACCGGCAUGCCACAAUCGUGUAGUACUGAGGUCUCAAAAAAGUCUUCAACUUCUAGUGAAAACUCUGAUGGAAUGAAAACUCCUUCCAACCUUAUCACUUUAUAGUCAGUGUGCUUGGCUUAGACUUGUGGUAGCUGUUUUCAAUGCAAUAAUGACAUUUCACGUACAUGCCUACAAAAACAUUCUGCUGAAAGAUUUGAUGCAUAACUUUAACUUACUACACACUGUUUCAAAGAUCUUACCAAAAGUGCAUAAAUGGAAAAUAUGAUCUGAGUUUUUUCCCCACAUGCAUCAUGUAUUCAAGAUCCAUGUGAAUAUUCCAUUAUUGCUAUUGUACAGUACAUCUUUCUGUAUCAUGUCAAUUGUUUCAUUCGCUUGAUUUUUUAUUUUGCUGCUGGACAGUAUUUCAUUGUUUAAAUUAUACCUUUCAUUAUUAUGUAACAAUGGUGAUUUUUUGUUUGCAAACUUUUGAUUUGGUUCUUUCGUUGUAUCUGUAAUUGGAAUUAAAUUAAAUUGUCAUUUACUGGUACCAAUUUAUAAUAAUAUAAACUGUACUGUCAAAGUAAGCUUUAUAAUUUGUUCUUAAUUACAUGUAACAUAUGGUCAGUAGAAUCAUUUAUAUUGUCUGAAUUUGGUCGUAUAUUAGUGUGUUUCUGAAAGACAUACAUUUGUAAAAUUUGCAUAAAUAUUAAUGUUCAUAGCGUUGUUAAAUGUGACAUGACAUUAUAAUUAUGUUCGAUUUACAGCAGCCUUUGUUAAAGUGACCCCCCAGUGGCAGUGCCAGGGUUUAAAUAAUGAGGGUCUCCUUAACAAUGGCUCACAGUUGCUAGGAGGGAAUGUAGAGGAGGCUUUAUAGGUUAAACAUGCGCUUUUGACCAUGUUGAAAGUUUCUUAUGUUCUGUCAUGGUGUUGUCAGGGCUUAGUUUGCUAUUAGCUAUGAGCAAUGAUAUUGAUAGCUACCUGGAGCUAAGUGUUAAAGAAGCUAGAGUAAGUGUUGUUUUAUCUGCUUGCACUUAUUAUUGUAAUCAAUGAAGAUUCGCUUUGUAUGCAUAUUUGUUCUGUUAAAAUAUAUAAAAUGUAAAACAUA